AUGGACAUCAUGACUGGUACAGAAAUAAGAAAUCAAACCAGUGUGCAGGAGUUUAUCUUACUGGGCUUUCCAGGCACUUGGUAUUUCCGGAUGGCCCUUGCUGUGCUGUUUUCUGCGAUGUACGUCCUAACGAUCCUAGGGAAUGUGUCCAUCAUAGCCCUAGUGAGGACCCACCCACGGCUCCACACCCCCAUGUACUUGUUUCUCUGCAAUCUCUCUUUCCUAGAGAUCUGGUACACCACAGCAUGUGUCCCGAAGGCCAUUGGCGUCAUGCUGGGCACAAGCCAAAUCAUCUCUUUCACUGUCUGCCUCCUGCAAUUGUAUUUUCUUCUCUCCAUGGGCUCCACAGAAUGUUUCCUCCUGGCCAUCAUGGCCUAUGACCGCUAUCUGGCCAUAUGCCACCCAUUGCGCUACAACUCCCUCAUGAACAGAACUUUCUCUGCUCAGCUGGCUCUUGCCUCUUGGCUGUGUGGGUUCCUGGCUAUCUCUGUGCUCAUGUCUCUAAUAUCCAGGUUGCCUUUCUGUGGCCCAAAUGUCAUCAAUCAUUUUAUUUGUGACAUAGAUUCCUGGAUAGCACUUUCCUGUGCUGAUAUGCGCCUUGUUGAGCUGGCAACAUUCAUCGACUCAUUCAUUAUUGUCAUGGUCUCAUGUGCAAUAACUGUGGUCUCCUACAUUUUCAUUAUCUCCACCAUCUUGAGAAUCCGUGCAGCCCAACGCUGGCAAAAGGCCUUUUCCACUUGCUCAGCCCAUCUCACCGUCGUGACUAUCUGGUACGGCUCUGCCAUUUUUCUUUUUCUCAUUCCGUCUGCACAGAACUCACUGGAUUUGAACAAAAUUGUCAACAUCUUUAACACUAUCGUAACUCCACUAUUAAACCCUUUCAUUUACACUCUGAGAAACAAGGAGGUGAAGGAAGUCUUGGGAAAGACAGUCAGUGGACUAUUAAGUGGUUUUAGAAAAAAAGAAAUUUCAUCAAAAUGA